AUGUUUCAGGGUGCAAAAGCCGGUACCUAUGACCCAAACUACCAAACUUUGGCUGGUAUUGGUGGCGACGUGUAUUCGGAGCAGACAAGAAAGGAGGUGGUGGUGGAGGUGGCGGAGGUGGAGGAAGCCUGUAGCACCUGCAAACCAGCAAGCAAAAGCAGGCACCUUCGAUCCGAACUACAAACUUUGGCUGAGUUGGUGGCGAUGUAUUUGGAGCGGACAAGAAGGCGGCUGGAGGUGGUGGUGGAGGGGGAGGAGGAAAGCCUAAAGCUCCUGCGAAUCAGGUUUGGCGCCAAAGCCGCAACAUUUGAUCCCAAUUAUCAAACUUUGGCUGGACUCGGUGGUGAUGUAUUUGGUGCUGACAAAAAGGGAGGAGGUGGCGGCAAGCCUGCAGCACCGAAAGCACCAGCAAACCUCGGUGCAAAGGCAGGCACGUUCGACCCGAACUAUCAAACUCUGGCCGGUAUUGGAGGCAACGAAGUGUUUGGUGCAGACAAGAAGCGAUGA